AGAGGUUCCACAUCGGAAAGCACAAGAACACAAGAGCCACGAUCACGCCCCGGAAAUCUUGACGUACUGGAGCGAGCUGGCCUGGUCUCGUUUCAAAUUGAAGGCUCUCCCACUGCUAGCAGUAGCUAGAGCUAGAGCAGAGCAGGGCACACCCCGUGCGAGGCUAAACAUGGGCAGCCAGGCGGACACGACGACGACGUGCCCGCCGUCGGCGCAGGGGCGACUCAUCACGGUGCUGAGCAUCGACGGGGGCGGCAUCCGCGGUCUCAUCCCCUCCACCAUCCUCGCAUGUCUCGAGUCCAAGCUCCAGGAGCUAGACGGGCCGGACGCGCGCAUCGCGGACUACUUCGACGUGAUCGCCGGGACGAGCACGGGCGCGCUGGUCACGUCGAUGCUGGCGGCGCCGGGCGAGAACAAGCGGCCACUCUUCGAGGCCAAGGACAUCAACAACUUCUACCUUGAGAACGGGCCCAAGAUCUUCCCGCAGAGGAGGUUGGGGUUCCUGACCCCGAUAGCGAACCUGUUCGGCGCGGUGAAGGGUCCCAAGUACGACGGUAAGUUCCUGCACGACAAGAUCAAGAGCCUCACCAACGACGUGACGGUCGCCGACACCGUCACCAACAUCAUAGUCCCGACGUUCGACAUCAAGUACCUGCAGCCGGUCAUCUUCAACACGUACGAGGCCAAGGUGGACCCGCUCAAGAACGCGCACCUCUCGGACAUCUGCAUCAGCACGUCGGCGGCGCCGACCUACUUCCCGGCGCACUACUUCGCGACCCACGACCCCAUGGGCAAGCUGCCGGACCGUGAGUAUCACCUGGUCGACGGUGGCGUGGCCGCCAACAACCCCACUAUGGCCGCCAUGUCCAUGAUCACCAAGGAAGUGUUGCGCCGGAACCCGGACUUCUCGCACGGCAAGCCCGCCGAGUACCACAGGUACCUCAUCAUCUCCCUCGGCACAGGGACGGCCAAGCAGGCGGAGAAGUACACCGCGCCGGACUGCGCCAAGUGGGGCGUCCUCCGCUGGCUCUAUGAUGGUGGCUUCACCCCACUUAUCGACAUUUUCUCCCAUGCAAGCGCCGACAUGGUCGACAUCCACGCUGCUAUAUUAUUCCAAGCACUUCACAUUGAGAAGAACUACCUACGCAUCCAGGACGACUCACUCACGGGCCACACAUCCUCUGUGGAUAUCUCCACCAAGGCGAACAUGGAGGCGCUCAUCGGAAUUGGCAACAUGUUGCUCAAGAAGAAAGUGGCUCGGGUGAACAUCGACACAGGGAUUUACGAGCCCGUUGAUGAUGAGGGCACCAACGAAGAGGCGCUCGCUCACUUCGCCCAGAAGCUCUCCGACGAGCGCAAGCUGCGGCUGAGCCAACCCACCCUCAACUCUCAAUAGACAAGAGAACGAUUCGAAAGAGAACAAAGACAAAGAAAACUAGCUGCUAUGCUAGAUGGACCGAUCUAGAGUUGUAAUAUAUUGUUAUGUAAUGUAAUGUCUGGUGAGUAAUUAUUUUUUAUCCAACAA